UUUAAAUAAAGUUUUCAUUCAGGCGCGUCAUCGGUCGGGCUGUCAUGGCGGCGGACGGAUGGAGCUGGUUUCCGGUCUUAGCGACGGGAGUUUCUCUCUUCAAGUGCCUCUUCAUCAACUCAUAUCGGUCCACAGACUUCGAGGUCCACAGGAACUGGCUGGCCAUCACUCACAGCCUGCCGGUAUCGCGGUGGUACCAUGAGAAUUCGUCAGAGUGGACUCUGGAUUACCCCCCGCUCUUCGCUUGGUUCGAGUUCGGGCUCUCCCACGUGGCGCAGCACUUCGAUAGAAACAUGCUGCUGCUGCAGAAGCAGAACUACGCCAGCCCAGCCACCGUGCUCUUCCAGAGGCUGUCGGUCAUCUUCACCGACGUGAUUUUCAUCCUCGCCACCAGAGAGUGCUGCAGGUGCGUUCAGAAGCAGAAAGCCUCUCAGAAGGAUGUUCUGAGCCGGCCGGCCUUCAUCCUGGCUGUGCUGCUGCUGUGGAACUUCGGCCUCCUCAUCGUGGACCACAUCCAUUUCCAGUACAACGGCUUUCUGUUUGGUUUCCUGCUGCUGUCGGUGGCCAAACAUCUGCAGGCUCAGCACCUGCAGGGGGCGCUGCUGUUUGCCAUCCUCCUCAACCUGAAGCACAUCUACCUGUACGUCGCUCCGGCGUACGGCGUCUACCUGCUGAGGAGCUACUGCUUCACAGAGAGCAGUGCAGACGGUGGCAUCAGGUGGCGGAGCUUCAGCCUGCUGCGUCUGCUGGCUCUGGGCAGUGUGGUGAUAGCGGUUUGCGCCGUGUCCUUUGGUCCGUUCAUCGUCAUGGGUCAGCUCCCUCAGGUCCUCUCCCGGCUCUUUCCCUUCAAACGGGGUCUCUGUCACGCAUACUGGGCCCCCAACGCCUGGGCGCUCUACAACGCUCUGGACAAAGUCCUGGCGACACUCGGAGUUCGUCUGAAGCUGCUGAAGGAGGCGGAGCUUCCUCAGGCCUCCAUGACGGGUGGGCUGGUCCAGGAAUUCCAGCACUCUGUGCUUCCCUCCGUCUCUCCCUCCGUCACUCUCGUCUGCACACUGCUGUCCAUCCUGCCGGCGCUGGCGUCCAUAUGGAGGCGUCCUCGCGGCGCCCGCGGCUUCCUGCGCUGCCUGCUGCUCUGCGCUCUGGGCUCCUUCAUGUUCGGGUGGCACGUGCAUGAGAAGGCCAUCCUCAUCGCCAUCCUGCCACUCAGCAUCCUGGCGGUGGAGAGCAGAGAGGAUGCUGGGAUUUUCCUGCUUCUGAGUACCACAGGUCAUUACUCGCUGUUCCCGCUUCUCUUCACCCCCGCAGAGCUGCCAAUCAAAGUGUGUCUGAUGCUGAUGUUCUCUUUGUUCUCAUUCUCGGCACUCAGGAAGCUACACAGUGGUGGAUCCCUGCUGCGCCCCGUGGAGCUUGUGUAUCUGCUCGGCUUGGGACUGGUGGCACUGUUCUCAGAGGUGCUUUUCCCUCUGUCGCCAUGGAAACUGAGACUGCCUUUCUUGCCCCUCCUGGCCACCUCGGUGUACUGCUCAGUGGGCGUGUCUUACUCCUUCCUGAGGCUGUACGCCACUUUGCUGCACUCGGACAGCAAACCCAAACAGCAUUAAUGUUUGUCAGACCUGUACACGCUCGCACCACCAGGCCCCGCCCCCAAUCAGCUGCCGCUUCACGAGGAGAAACAUCAAAGAGCCUCAGAGGGGGAGGAUGACGUCCUGCACUGUUUUUGUUUUGUUUAAUUCUGUUUCUCAAAUGUUUUUUUUUCUGGAGAAGUAGACGGAAGAAUGUUCUGGAAAUUAGGAGGAUCGAAGCAAACGGAAAGAAGAAAGGACUUUCCUCUGGACCAAAACGCAACACAGAAAGUUUACAAAGUUCUUUUUUGAACUUAGAGGUGUAAAUGGACAUAAUUAAUCAAGCUGUUACCAAAUGUUUCAAAUAAAGCAGAAGUCUUGAACUAGA